AAGUACCUUAGGUAGAUUCGAACCAGUAUAUGUAUGUAUAUAUAUUUUCAUUCAUAAAUCUUUUCCUAUUUCGUUUCAUUUCGUUUCAUUUCAUUUCCCGUUUCAUCUCAUUUCCUCCAUCCAUCCAUCCAUCUUUCUUCUUCAUCUUCUUCUUCCGCCUUUUCCUACACCCCAUGUACCUGCGUGUUUCUUGUAUCUACACAUAAAUACAUACAUACAUACAUGCACCUAUGCACCUAUGCACCCAUCCCCAUAGCCUAUGCACAUAUCCUAUACACCCCAGUUACCGACGCCGAUGCGCCGUCGUUCCAUUCUCCAAACCCGAAGAAUUACACAUUAACGAGCAGUCCAAUGUCUGCGUAACCGGGCCUUUGACCCUGUGCCGGAUGCCCGUUCCCGCCCGUUUCGAUUGCUCGAUCCUCGUGUUUCUAAAGUAUGAUGAUUUUUAUCAUCCCGUGCUUGUGCACCUGUUUGUUCAUUGUUCGUUUCUUCGUUCGCUCAACUUUUGGGUUUUUGCUCUUUUUGUGUUUUUUGAUUUUUGUACAGACAGGUAGCCAGACAGGUAGCCAAGGAGAAUAGGGUACAGAUAUG